AGUGAAAGUCAUCGGAUAGCGAAGAAACUUCUUCGAGGGGUUUCUUUUCUUGAUACUUCAUAAUCGUUAAAUUCUUGUUUGCUUUGAAGAGAAGGUCAACAGAGCCUUGCUGAACAAAUGAAUUCAACCGGGAAUCAAACUGCUCCUUUGACACCAGGAAUGAUUUGCAGCAAUGAAGCAGAGCUUGUCUCGAUGGCCACUGUGCAAUUCUUAUCAUUCCUUGCAAAUUUGGUGGCAGCGAUAGCAAUAUGGAGGCUUCCAGGCCUAGAAGAAAACAAGUAUCAUCUUGUUGUCAGAACUCUGGUUGUCAGCGACCUCCUAAUCCCAAUCACAACGCUUCCAUUCUCCAUCAUCUCCUUUGCAACCUGUUCGUGGAUUGGAGGCGAGACUCUGUGCUCCAUAACUGCGUUCAUCUCCACCACGUUUCUAAGCUGGUCUUUUGUUAUCGUGUUUAUAAUGUGCCUGCUCCGUUUCCUGGCAGUUACAAGGCCUUUGUACUACAGAAACCAAGUUACAUAUGCGAGAGUGCGGAAGACUCUGAUAGUCGGUCUGUUAUGGCCUUGCGCUCACCUUAUUCUUCCUGCUACGGGCUUCGGAAAGUUUCGUUUGUACAGUAAAGGACUGUACUGUGCUCUCGAUUUAACAACAGAGGAACCAAAUAAUAAGAUUCUACUCUACGCCACGGUUGUGGAAGGAAGCCUAGUCACUUUGGCUGUGUUGUAUUUCUGUACCACUAUCUUGUGUUUUGUUAAGAGGAAGCGAAGAGUAAACAGUUUGCUCUCCGAACAGCAGCAGCGAGGAGCUGGCAUCGAGAAAGUUAACAGGCAACAAGGAGGAUUUGCACGAUUAACUUUCGUGAUUGUUGCAUUGUUUUGUAUUUGUUACGUUCCAUUCUUGUCUUACCGCGUGUUUAUUCUGAUACGAGGCCCACCCUCAUACGACGACCACACUUACUUCUACUCUGAGCUAUUGGCUCACGUCAACCCUCUUUUAAAUCCACUGGUAUACGUGCUUUGCAACAAACAAUACCGUGCUUCUAUCAAGGAGCUCUUCACAAAAAGUUACUGCAAAAGCGUGAGAUGGUGGUUGGGCGAGAAAUUUUACUUAACAGAUGAAAAUACACGAAGCAUAGAGUUGAGGAAGAUGUCCGCGUUUUCUACAAGAACACAAAGUAUUGUUUUGGAAUAA